UCAUAGAUACCACGCAAGACCAAUGUGGAGGGACUUAAGGUGGAAGAUUCAGUACCAGAGGGAUGUGCUUGCAUAUUCCAAACAGGUUUUGUAUAUGGUUGACUUUAGGAACAAUGACUGCAACGUUUUUAAUGUUAUGAUGUGGCAAAAAAAACAAGUAUGCUGGUGAUGCAGGUGUUGAUUGCAGCUAGUGAUGAAGGACCAUUCUCAGAGAUGUCCCAAUUAUAUUACAUUAUAUAAGAUAAUAAGCUUUCCUCAAUUCUGAUCACCACAUUGAAAGCUCAUUUGAGUCAGACAGCGGAUAGAUGAAUUGAUGAAGAAAUAUUUUCUUCUGCACAACGUGGAUUAUCAAAAGAUUACAUGAAUCCCUGUGGGCUGUCCUCACCAGGGGGGGAAGUUUAAUUGCUGGCAGCCAGUGCUGCCUCUCCUACCUGUCUGAUCCAGGGCCCAGGGUGGUCUCACCUCAGCCAGAGGCUCCGCCCCCAGGCUGCUGUCCAGUAGAUAAAGGCAGGUGCAUGGGAGGUCCUCUUCUCCUCAGACAGCAGAGAGAGCAGUGAACGGUGCUGCCAUCCAUUACACUGUGUGAUGUUAUCCCCACAAACUAAGGACUGUUAAUAUAUCCGCUCUCACGCUUAAAAUCAACCUACCAUGGCUCCGUGUCUGGCCAGAUCUGCUCCAAGCGACCUCAACCAUUGGUGGAACCAGCUGAGGUUCCGCCUGCAGAACAAGAAAGGAUGGACUGAAAUGCUGGAUGAAACAUUUUUACUCUAUACUAAACAGACAAAUAAUAUUCCUCUCUUUUUUGCUGCUAAAAAGAACAGCGCUGGCUGCGUCAAGAAACUGUUGGGAUGUGCCUCCACCAACAUCUUUGAGAGAGGUGCUCUGGGGGAGACGGCAUUGCACAUCGCCGUCAUGAACGACAACGUGGACGCAGCCGUGGCGCUCAUGGACGGGGCCCCGGAACUCAUCAACGAGCCCAUGACCUCUGAACUCAUGCAAGGUGUCACUCCGCUCCACAUCGCGGUGGUGAACCAGAACAUCACCCUGGUGGGUCAGCUGAUCGCACGCGGAGGGGACGCGACCACGCCCAGAGUCACUGGCCUCUACUUCAAGAAGAGGCCAGGAGGGCUGGUGUACUACGGUGAGCACAUCCUGUCCUUUGCUGCGUGCAUGGGGAACGAAUGCAUCAUGACCAUGUUGAUGGACGCCGGGGCCAGCACAAGGGUCCAGGACUCCCGUGGGAACACAGUGCUCCACAUCUUAGUUAUGCAGCCUAACAAGACCAUCGCGUGCCAGGCCAUGGACCUGAUCCUGGCGCGCGACCUGGAGCUGGACCACUCGAUGCCCCUGGACAUGGUGCCCAACUACAAGGAGCUCACCCCCUUCAAACUGGCUGCCAAGGAGGGCAACGUUGUGGCCUUCCAGCACUUGGUGAACAAGAGGCGUGUGCUGCAGUGGAGCCUGGGCCCGCUGACCUCUAACCUCUACGACCUGUCAGAGAUCGACUCCUGGGCCGACGACCUGUCGGUGCUGGAGCUCAUCGUGGGAAGCCCCCAGAGAGAGGCUAGGAGGAUUCUUGAAGUGACUCCUGUUAGACAGCUUGUGAGUCUGAAGUGGAACCUUUAUGGAAAGCACUACUUCAGGCUCCUGCUGGUGCUAUAUCUGCUGUACAUCGGGACGUUCACACUAUGUUGUGUAUUCCGCCCCCUAAAGGACACUCCGGAGAACUACACAACCUCCGAAAUGGACAAAACAAUACGAGUGCAGAAAACACUGAGUGAGAGUUACGUGACCUACGAAGACAGCCUGCGGCUGGCCGGAGAGAUCCUCAGUGUCCUGGGAGCCAUCCUCAUCCUUCUGCUAGAGAUUCCAGACAUACUGAGAGUCGGAGCGAAGCGCUACUUUGGUCAGACGGCCCUGGGAGGGCCCUUCCACAUCAUCCUGAUCAGCUACGCGUGCCUGGUGGUGCUGCUGUGCGUCGUGCGGGCCAGCGAGCUGGGCGGGGAGGAUGUGCUUAUGGCGCUGUGUCUGGUGCUGGGCUGGAGCAACGUCAUGUUCUUCGCCCGGGGCUUCGAGAUGUUGGGGCCCUACGUCAUCAUGAUUCAGAAGAUUAUAUUUGGAGACCUGACCAAAUUCAUGUGGCUCAGUUUCAUUGUCCUCAUCGGGUUUUCCACAUCCCUGUGGAUGGUGUACAUGACCCAGGACCCGGAGUCCAUCCCCGCGUACCGCUCCUUCCCCAUCACGCUGUUCUCCCAGUUUGAGCUGAGUGUGGGCCUCAUCGACCUGCCGGUGGACCACACCUUCUACACGCCACCCAUCGUCCACGUGCUGCACUGCACCUUCUCCGUGGUGUCCUACAUCCUGUUGCUCAACCUGCUCAUCGCCAUGAUGAGCGACACCCACUGGCGUGUGGCGCAGGAGAGGGACGAGCUCUGGAGGACGCAGGUGGUGGCCACCACUCUGAUGCUGGAGAGAAGGCUUCCCCGGUGCCUGUGGCCGCGGCUGGGCGUGUGUGGUCUGAACUACGGCCUGAAGCAGUUGUGGUACCUGAGGGUGGAGGACAGGAACGACCUGAUGGUGCAGAAGAUGCGGCGCUACAUCAACGCCUUCGCCAAGGAUGGCGAGGGUGGUGCCGCCGAGAGAGAGGAGGGGGAGAAAGGCGGCGAGAGUGGCGGCGGCCCGGAGCUCAGGAGCAACAAGCAGAGGAGGGGCUUCAACAAGGUCCACGCGGGCUGGCAGGCCAUCCGCCGCAGCGCUCUGAGCAUGGACCUGGAGCCCGAGUACGAGGAGGAGGAGCAGGAGGUGCAGGACAUCCGAUUCGUCUAGAACAGGGGGGCCCACACUUUAACGGCGUGCAAGCUACUUUAAAAAUGAGCAGGUCAAAAUGAUCUACCUACAUGGCAAAAUGCUAGACACAGCGGCUGCUGGUAGCUAGUCUCAAGCCAAUCAGUCAUGGUGGAACGGUGUUUGCACUUAAUAAUCUUUAUGUGGUAAAAGGACAAGCAUAAAUAAGUACAGCCAAAUAAUGCAGUCAAGGAAGUAGCACAUUUCCUCAUGUUUGGAUACUUUUCCUUUGUGAGUAAGUUCCAAAAUUGUCCAUGAGCCCUGGAUUGAAGCUCAAUAUCAGUUUGUACUAUCAAAAUCUCUUCCUCCACUGCAGACUUGUUCAGGUGAAACAGUGCUGCAAUUUUUUGUGAUUGAGUAAAUCAACCUCAACAUCUUCCCUAAAUGGAUAGCAGUCUUGAGAGUCUUGAAAAAGUUGGUCAAAGUCCAACAGACAAUUUUCAUCAAUCCAGUGGUAAAUGUCAUAGGGAUGCAAUUCUUUUUUGUUGAAAUGUUAAUAUCGACCGAUCGACCGGUCGAUCGCAAUCUACAUAUUUGGCACCCCUGGUCUAGAAGUGGAAGUAGCUUGUUCUCAGAAAGACUCGUGGCCUACGAAAACCCUCUGGCUGUCCUUCCCCCUGGUCCAUCGCUACGUUAGAGCACUCAAAGAAGACGUCUAUUUUAAUUUUUUUUGUCUGUACACAUCCAUCGGUGCAGUUUAAGCAGUAUUAGGCCAUAGAACUGAAUAUAUGUAUUAUUUUUUAUAGAAGUAACCGAGAUAUGCUGCGCUGUGUUGUGUGUGGACCGUUGUAUGAGUUGAAUUAAGUUGUAUCUGAUUGUGUCUGGUCACAGCUAAAACGGAUGUGGAAGUGACUAUUGCACUCGUUUUUUUUGUGUGUUUGUUAUUGUGAGUGUAUUUUUUGAUUCUCUAGAUGUUUGUUUUAUAGUGGCCAUGUUUUGUUUUGUAUAUUUGACCUUUUUUUUUUUAUAUAUAAUAUAUAUAAAUGUACAAUGACAAUAUAACCACUCUUAAAUGAAAAGAUGUCUUUAUUUCGAAAAUAGGCACAGGAUACAUCGAAAGCAAAUAUGCCAAAAAGUUGACUACUAGUUGAAUACAAUUAAUAGUUGAAUAAUACUAAAUUCAGAAGACGCUUAAGGUGUAACAUCAGAAUAAUGGAGUAUCAUAUCACAUUAAUCCUUUGGAGUGGAUUAAGUUUAUUCUAAUAAAAAAAUAAGCACGGUUUUAAAGAAGCUUUAUGCUUUGAAAUGCCCUUGAGUGAAAGAGUAUGGUAGGAAAUCAAACUCCUCAUUUAGAUUAUCUGCAUAGAAACAUAAAUUGAGGAUAUUCACCCAAACACAGUAGGCUAAUAUUCACUGCAUGAAG